CACAGAAUAAUGAACAAUGGACUUUGGCCGAUUAUAUUCACGCGAAUGGUGAACAAAUCCUUCGAACUCAGUUUGGACCCCGACAUUUUCAAAUCUUGUUUCCGAGAAACAGUGAGGUAACGAUUGACGCGUUACCUUUAUAUUUGAUUGAGCAUCUGAUUACUGAUGUUCCAGGGUGUUUUGUGGUGCAUCGUGAUAUCAACCAUGCGAUUCAUGCCCUUAAUCAAAGCAGACGUGAAUCAAACACAGCCGUUGUAACGGGCGUUGGUGAUGUAUUCUUUGACGACCAGUUCGAAGAAGUACAACAACUGUUAACAACUGUCUGUCGUUUAAUAAAUAACAACUCGUUACAAUCGGAGGUACAAAUGGAUAUUGAGAGUUUACGCCGGACGUCCUUCGGUAACGAUGAAAUUGUUUUGGAUGAAUUCAAUGAGCACUAUGAAAAAGAGAAGUCAAGCAGAAAAGCUAUUACUUCUAUCACGAAUGAGCAGCGCACCUUUCAUCAGAGGCUUGCACAAGUCGCUGUACUUCACAAAGGUAAUGAACCAGCCCAAUCCACCGAACAAAGGACAGAACCAUUGUGUUCAGUUGAUAUGUACCCUGUUCAAGUUACAGAUGCAGUGCUAGAGCUCGUUGUGCAGACUAAUAAUACAACAGGAAAUGCUAGAAUAUCUAGAGAUUUUGUGAACAUGGUCAACAACCAAGAAGACUCAUCUGAGCCGAGUGCUUUACGGGAAAGACGUCAUGAAAUCAGAGCUCAUGUUGCAAACACAUUUUCUUACUACGGAGAUUUUUAUGCAAAGCAAGGAUGUGUACAGAUUUGCGUAAAGCCACGAUCAGUUAAACUGUUGUUUGAACUGUUCGAAGAUUGUGUUAGUGGCGAGAUUACAAAAAAGUUAAAACCCGUAGAAAAAUUAAUUCGAGGAAUUACGAAUUUUGAAGCAUACAAACAAGAAGUGGUGCUUUACCAGGACCACUACGACUCGGUGAUGAAUGAUAUAGCGUCACAAAUAAGGCAGCAGUUUGAAGACAGAGGUUUAACUUUGGCAAAUGAGAGUACAGUUCCGAAGGUUGAGCUAUCUGCCAAUAGCACAAUACUUAUCCGAGUUCCAUGUCCAUCUGAGGAUGAUCGUGACCAAUUUGAAGACACCUUCAAAUCAGGGAAAACGACAGAUUUGUUCAAAUCACUGGAAGACCUCUUGCGUGACGCUUACAGAGAACCAGAUAUUUCCUUAAAGGCAAAAGUGGACGAUAGAAAAAAUGCUACAUCCAAAAUCGCUGGUAGUUUCGGAGGACAUUAUCAACAUACUCAUGAAGAAAGCCCAAAGGCGGAAUGUACCUUUUCGCUAUAUGAUACUGGUUCCGUCGAUAGACAAGAAAAACAAGGAAGCCCUGAUGUCGACAGAGUGCCGACGACUGUCGGCGAAAGUAUCGAGGCCGAAGGCAGCAAAAAAGUAGAAGGCAUCAUCAGCGAAAGAGUAGAGACCAGAGUCAGCAAAAGACGGACAGUGUGGUUGACAAAUAAAGUGAAAGUGGAAUGGACAGUUUCGGGGGCGGAGUAA